GCGGGAGACCCGAGCAGAACGGGCUUUAACGGGGCUGCAGGAGAAGAUUGUUUCCUUCAUGUGUCAUUAACUGAUCGUUGAAUCCCAGUAUGUCUCAGAAGAACCCGUUUCAGGUAGUGAACAUCCCCUGGAGGAACAAUAACUUCAGUGUGAUGAGCAGCGACCCGCCGCUGUCCGAUCAGGGAGAGACGAUCAUCGGGAUUUACCUGCUGCUGCUCGGUUGGCUGUCGUGGUUUGGCAACAGUAUCGUGCUCUUCGUCCUGUUCAAACAGAGAUGUUCUCUCCAGCCCACUGAUUAUCUGACGCUGAACCUCGCCGUAUCGGACGCCAGCAUCUCCGUCUUCGGAUAUUCCCGAGGAAUCCUCGAGAUCUUCAAUGUGUUCAAGGAUAACGGAUACCUCAUCACAUCGGUGUGGACGUGCCAGAUUGAUGGUUUCUUUACGUUGGUUUUUGGUCUCGGCAGCAUCAACACACUGACCAUCAUCAGUGUCAUCAGAUACAUCAGAGGAUGUCACCCGAAUAAAGCACACUGUAUCACCAACGCCACGGUGUUGAUCAGCAUUAUUUUCAUUUGGAUCGGAGCGUUGUUCUGGUCCGGCGCACCCAUCCUCGGCUGGGGCAGUUACACAGAUCGGGGAUACGGCACCUGUGAGAUCGACUGGGUGAAAGCCAAUUAUUCCACCAUCCACAAGUCCUACAUCAUCUCCAUCCUGAUCUUCUGCUUCUUCAUCCCAGUGAUGAUCAUGUUGUUCUCAUAUAUAUCGAUUAUAAACACGGUGAAACGGGGCAAUGCCAUGUCUGCAGAGGGCGACCUGACGGACAGACAGAGGAAAAUCGAGAGGGACGUCACAAUUGUGUCUGUUGUGAUCUGCACGGCUUUCAUUCUCGCCUGGUCUCCGUACGCGGUGGUGUCCAUGUGGUCCGCGUGGGGUUUCCACGUGCCGAAUCUCACCAGCAUCUUCACGCGACUCUUCGCCAAAUCUGCGAGCUUCUACAACCCCCUCAUUUAUUUUGGCCUCAGCUCAAAGUUCCGCAAAGACGUGAGCGUGCUGUUGCCCUGCGGCGGUGACGGCAAAGACACUGUCAAACUGAAACGCUUCAAAAAGAUCAAGGGGAAGGCAGACGCAGCGUCACCCGGCGCCCCACGGCAACGCCUCAGAGCAGACGGCGAGGAAAACCACGAGCCCCAGUUACAAAAGUACGAGAAAAAGUACAAGCCGGGACAGGAGCCACCAAACCCCGCCCCUAGCCCGGAUUCAGGGGUGGGCAGUCAUCAUGAAACUCCGCCCCCUGCCAAAAAACAGGUGUUUUUCAUCGAUGUACCCGAGCCAUCGGAAACACCCGAGUCCGAGUGCAUCAGACUGUAGAUUACGAGCGAUAUACAAUGUUAUUUAUUCUUGUUUGGUUUUUGUAUUUAAGUUUACUUUGCAAAAUGUCACGCAAUGAUUAGCAGCUUAAAAAGCUAUUUUUGUAAAUUAUGGCGAUAAAUGUGAACUAUUGUGUUUUCUAUCCAAACAGUGUACAUCAAUAUUAAUAUAUGUACGUAGUAUAUGCUUAUAUGCUGUUGAUUUAUUUUUCUAGUAACACAGAAAUUAUUCAAUUAUUCAUUAAUUUUUCCCAGCAGUCCUGAAAAUGUCUGACAACUUGCAGAAAAUCAAACGAGCUGUUGCGUAUUAUUAAAAGGCAGCAUGUUUUUGUGUUUGCAUAUAAUUAAAGGAAUAUUCCGGGUUCAACACGAGUUAAUCUCAGUCGACGUCCACAAAUUAAUGUUGGCUGGUUCCUCCUUUAAUAAAAGCACAAAUGUGUGUUCCAGUGACACUCUUACAAUGGAAGUCAAUGGGGCAAUUUUUGGAGGUUUAAAGACAGAAAUGUGAAGAUUAUAAUUGUAUAAAAGCACUUCCAUUAAUUCUUCUGUUAAACUCGUGUAUUAUUUCAGCUGUAAAGUUUACAGCGUUCAUCAUCAUCAUGGUAAUAAAGUUGUAUAAUUGUCUCUAUCUUCACACAGAUGUGGUCAGUAAGUGAUUUAAUGACAGUAAAAUCAUGUUAACACACAUAUUGUUUAUGUGUCGAUACUUUUGAAACAGUAUUUUAAUGUUACAGAUUAAACCCCAUUGACUUCCAUUGGAAGGGUCUCACUGGAACACACAUUUGUGCUUUUUUUUUGACAAGACGAAAUUCAUUUUUGUGGUGAUCAGAUUUAUGCCACAUCCUGUCGAUUGAGCUGAACAUGAAUUGAACCCGGAAUAUUUCAAGUAAAUAAAAGAAAAUCCAGUCAAGCU